UGCCUGAAUUACUGCUACCAAACACUGUCAGACAGAGAGCAGCACACCACUUCUGGAGAUGGAUCAAGGGGAUCAGAGUGAGACGUCACAACAAACAUCCAGUGACGAAGACAAAGGGACAGAAACACAGGCUUCACCCCCAGUCAUCGAGAUUCACGACUCUAUGACUGAAUGUGAGGAAGAAGGGAGGCCUGUUAAAGUGCCAAUGGAGGAGAAGGCAUUUGUAUCCAGUCUGCACUCCUUUAUGAAGGACAGAGGGACACCCAUAGAAAGGAUCCCACAUCUGGGCUUCAAACAGAUUAAUCUGUGCCGGAUCCACAAAGCUGUGGAGAAACUUGGGGGCUAUGAUUCAGUGACAGCUCGACGUCUUUGGAAGAAAGUGUAUGAUGAGCUGGGAGGAAGUCCAGGAAGCACCAGCGCUGCUACCUGCACUCGCAGACAUUACGAGAAGUUGGUGCUACCUUUUGAAAGACACUUGAAAGGAGAGGAGGACAAACCUCUGCCUCCAAGCAAACCUCGGAAGCCAUAUAAGAGAAAUUCAGAUGGCAAGGUCACGAAGGCUGAGAAGAAGAGGAAACGGACUCAGUCGGAAAGAGAGAUGGAUUCAGAGCUGGAGAUUCUCCCCCAGAGAAGUCCAGAUGCCUCGAGCCAAAGGGAAGCAGGGAUGCCUCCUCUCUGGAACUCCACCUCUGAUAGACACCACCCAGACUGCUCUCCACCAAACAGAGCCACCACCGGCCUUUGCUCUCCUAUCUAUGCCCACCUUGUCCAGGUCCCUCCAUCCGUCCCCUGGACCUCUCACAUCCCCCAAGGUGCCGGAGAGGGGAUCUCACCCCUGGAGAAAAAGAAACGUAUGGCUCAGGCAAGUCUUAACCUGCCCCUGAGUCCUCAGAGUGAGGAUAAAGAAAGACCCUCUGUCAUCCACUGCUCCCAGUCUCCAGCCAGGGCUUCCUCUUCAGGCCGUAACUGCAACUCCUCUGACAGCUCCCCGCUUCCGUUAUCUCCUUCAUCUUCCCGCAGCACUUCCCCUCUCUCUGUUUCCUCAGAGGACGGUCCUGAAGGGAUUAAAGAAAAACCUGCAUCAAGCGCUGAACUACCCAAAAAAAGUGUAAAAAACACCCCCUGCAGUGAGGAAGCCAAGGCUGCGAGUUGUAUUCUCAUAUCAAAAGAUCCUGCAGGACAGAAUAAAGACAUCACCCUCCCUUCUGCAGACUCUAUCACAGUCCAGUUGAAAGACUGGCUGCCAAUCCACAAAGGGAGUGUCAAAUACUCGCAUCCUUUGCACUCAUCCUCCUCUUUCAUGGUGAGAUCUGACUGGGCUCCCACGUCUACCUCUAGUUUUACUAAAGUUGUUCCAAAAUCUUUGCAGCUUCUGCGGCCUGCUCCUAUUCGGCCGCAGAACAGCUCUGUGACCUUUGUGAAGAAGACCAACAAUGCACCGUGGCUCUAUCAGACAGAGAAGAGGGAGAGAUCCAGGACAAUGCUGCAAAAAGUUCCCUCCACUCAGCAGAGUCCGGCACAGUCCUCCUCCAGCCUGCCUGUGUCGUACGUCCUGUCCAGAGACUCUCGGCACCAGCCUGUGUUACACCCUGCAUAUUUCCCCAACAGAAUGAGACUACCUCAAUCUCAGAUAAUGUACCGACACGUCCCGAUGAGUGCUGCUCAUUCUGCUCUUAUUGGGCCUGCUGUUUACCCAUAUCCCUACUCCAUCCCUCUGUUAAAUCCCCAAACUGGAUAUCCCUUUCCUGCCAUGCAUCCAAUUUACUCUCACAAGCUGUGAUUCUUUGUAUUUUAACACCAAACUUUCCUCUUUACAUAGAAGAAAGCAGCCAUUGAGUUUGCUAGUCCACUUUUUAUUACUCAGUGUAAAUUGGUAAUGUCUACUUUUGUUUUAAACAUAGCUGAAGUUUAAAACACAUACACACAUCUAAGUUACGUGGCUUUACUAGUUACUAUUAUUAACCGUGUGACUGUGAUGACCUUCUGUGGCCUAAACGAAACCACACUGAAGGGAAAUUAAAAUAUAGCGGUAAAGUAAUUAUAGGAUCACAGGUUGAAUCGCACAAAUGCAUCACACGGGUGCAUCAUUUAUAAACUCAAAGCAGAACUGUGCUGAAUGUAUUGUUGUUCUUUUAGCAGUAAUUACAUUACAUUUUGACAAUAAAAUGUAUUCCAAUUUAUAACCUGUAACGUGUCCAUCUGAUAAGUUAAAAAUGCUUUGUUUAUUUUACUCAGUAAAACAAGUACAUAAGGACACGUUUUUUUUACGGCUUGCACAUUUUCAAUACUUUGUGUUGAAUGACCUUCUUACUGUACUGUGAAGAAAGUUAACAUAAUGACACUGUGUAAAUACUGUAUGUACCAUGGAUCAACAAUAUUAUAUGAAGAUCUCGUUUUCGUUCAUAUGUUGAUGUUUUUUUAAGUAAAUUAUUGUAAAUAAAUGUCAAAAACCAUCUUAAA